CAUUUUCUGUACAUCGAAUCAUCACCAAAUUGUCAGGGCCACCCCGAACAUGACAGUUACGUAUCUGUCUUUACUCCAUAAAAUUCAAUUGCUUUUUGUCCCCCAAUCCUCCGCGCUACGUUGAACACUCCACAAAUUAAAAGUUAAAACCCCAAUCAAUUUCCCAACAAUUCCAAGUUUUUCAACCAUGAAACCUGCUAGAUUACUAAGCACCAAUCUUUCAAGACCAAUUCUUUUCAGAACACCGCAAUUGGGUUCAAAGGUGAAUUGGGUCUACGGCUGUUUCCGGCCUCCUGGUGUUACUUUUCCGGUGGCAUGUAUGGCCACUAGCUCCACACGUGAUACCCAUUUGCCGACUUCGCCGUCAAAUAUCACCGAGGUUGGUUCUUCCGGCACGCUUCAUGCCUCACCGUCGCAGGGGAAGUCCGAGCGUUGGGAGGCCAUCAUAGAGAAGGUUAUUUACAGUUGCCGGUUCUUCACUCUUUUAGCAGUUUCGGGAUCUUUGAUUGGAUCAAUCCUGUGUUUCAUAAAGGGUUGUGCAUUUGUUGUCUCAUCAUUCCAAGAAUACUUUGUGAAUCAUGGGAAAGGGAUCUUCAUGCUUGUGGAUGCUAUUGAUGUGUAUCUUCUGGGAACAGUCAUGUUAGUUUUUGGCAUGGGUCUCUACGAACUUUUUAUCAGCAAUCUUGAUAUUGCACAAUCAUCAUCGGAGGAAAUGCCUACAAACAAAUCUAAUCUCUUCGGCUUAUUUGUUCUAAAGGAAAGGCCAAAAUGGUUGGAAAUAAAAUCCGUUAACGCGCUCAAAACAAAGCUUGGGCAUGUGAUAGUGAUGCUUUUGCUGAUUGGGUUGUUUGAAAAGAGUAAGAAAGCAGCCAUACUAACCCCAACAGACUUACUAUGUUUCUCAGGCUGUGUGCUACUUUCUUCUUGCUGCUUGUAUUUGCUUUCAAAGCUUCACUAGAAGAAAAGGGUGCACAAAGACUCGUAGCUCUUUGUGUGAGUUUGAAGUCUUUGUGAACGUAGGGUUUGUUUCUAUGGCUUGAAGUACGUAUCCAAAUCACAAUGUGGAAAUGGCACCUAAUACUUUUUCGUUUAUAAAUGAUGUAUAGUAGUAGAUCUUGAGAGUAUAUAUAUACAAUGUAGUACAAACCGUUUUAAAUGAAAUCUUGUAGUGGGUUUGGCA